AUGAAGCUUCAUGAGCAUCGUGGCUCAUCUUCAUUUCCUGAAGCAUAUUUUCAGAUAGCAUUUGCUGUAAUUGUUUAUUACAUUAACUGGAUAUUGGAUUAUUGUAAAUUAUACCGUUGUUGUCUCUCUUUUCAGCGUGCCACACAUUUAGAUCCAUUGUUAGAAGAAAGUCGUUCUUUGUCUACCAAAAAGGUUCAUGAUAGCGGCAUGAGAACCAUAUGCAUUUGUGAGACAAAGACGAUUGAUAUUAUUAAUAAGACUCGAACGUGGCUAGAGGAGAUUCUCUGGGAGAAGAAAUGUGAUAUGGAUGUUUACCGAUGCAAAGGAGUGUUAAGUGUUCAAAAUUCUGAUCAACUGCAUACAUUGCAGGCAGUGAGAGAAGUAUAUGAGAUUGUUCCAGCUCGGAUGUGUGAAAAGGAAGAGAAGCGCAUAAAUAAGAUAGUCUUUUUGGUCAUAAUCUGAAAGAAGAUAUCUAAUAAACUCCUUUAGAGAUCGUGCAACCUGCCAAGCUGUAUUUGCUCCCUUUCUGUAGGUGAUAACCAAGCUGCUUCACAAGUCCCUAAAGCACCUUGAAGACCCUCCAAUUGCUGUUGUUAGAUAUUGAAUUUUGUGUAUUUAUGUUAGGCGUGAGCAUAAAUUCCGGCUCCGACCGAAUCCGAACUGUCCGCAUCUAAGU